AUGUCAUCGCAGCCCUCAACCACAACUACUACAGCCCAACGCCCAUCAGUCUCCCUCCCACCCUCAAACACAACCCACCUCGACCCCGGCGCCUACAUCCGCGGACAACAUCCCAUCACACUAGGCGAGCACUGCCUGAUUCACCCACGUGCCCUCCUCACCACCACGACGCACCCUCUGGUAAUUGGCUCGAACUGCGUCAUCAGCGAGAAGGCCAUCAUCGGCGGCUUACCUCCUUCCCAGUCCAAGUCCGACACUACAUCGACCACAGCUCCAACUACAGCCCUAACAUCGCCCGCUCUCGGCAGCAUAUCGGCGCCGCCGACUCCAGAUCUAGCCUCUGCGUCGCAGUUUACGCAGCCAACCUUUGUCUCAAACAACGUCACAAUCCACCCGCACGCCCAAGUCACACACUCGACAACCAUUAACGCUUACACCACAAUCGAAUCCCACGCCGUCGUCUACCCCGGCGUCACCAUCGGCGAGCACUCAAAGGUCUGUGCUGGCGUGCAUGUCCGGCGGGAUGUUCCGGACUGGUGUGCGGUUUGGGGAAAUGGGAAUCUGAGGCGGUUGAGGAGGCCCUCAGCGGCAGCGCUGGAAUCCAUGGUUAGCAUUGGAGCAAGUGACGAAAUCACGGAUGCAAAGGAGGGAGCUAAACGGCAAGGACUCGAGGAUCCAGAAGAGAGAGCGGCGGAGAUGAGGCAGAAGAUUGAGGAAGCAGAGGUGCAGCGAAUUCGGGGCGUAGAAAAGGAGCGGGAAGCUGCGACAGUGUUGCUGCGCAAUGCGGCAAGAGCGGCGGUCGCUGCGAAGAGGGCGAGUGUUACCGCGAGGGGAUGA